ACUCCGUAAAUGGCAUGUGUUUCACGUUGUGGGGUAGGGUUCUCUCCUAGAAAGCCUCAACGAAAAAAAAAGAGAAGAGGAUUGGAUAUCCAGCAAGCUAUCUUCAUGGCGAUAAUCCCAAAUCUGCAGGCAAGCAAUCGACCGUCUCUCUCCAGUACAUGUUAGCUUGAAGACGGCGAACGUCGAUCGAUUUGUAUCUUCUUCUCUCCUCACCGGGCGAGAUCUCUCCAGGUCUGGCACAUUAAAUCAAUAAUUCAACAGCGCCCUUCUGGACACUCACUCGAGAAUCACCCCUCAUAGGGUUCAACAGGUGAGAUAAGGAAGGGUUUGAGAAUUCUUUCAUUGCAUAAUUGUGGGUCGAACCGAUCAGCCACCCAUUGGUGUUCCUUCUAACCAAGGUUAUCAAGAAAGUUUCAGCAGGGAUGCUUACCCCCCACCCGGCUACUUGCAUCCCCCUAACCAGGGUUUCUCUCCCCCACCUUCCCAGUAUUCGUAGUGGUGUCAGACAGAUUGCUUCUGUUUCUUGGAAGCAUGGUGAAGUUGAAUUCAGUACACGAAUCCAUAGAUGUGGAUCCUGGCCAUCUUCUUCUAAAUUUAAAUUUAGUAGAGUGUCUCUAAAUUAUAAAAUGUUCAAACACCAUAGAUUGCCAAGGUGCAUUGCUGUCAAAUCUGAACUUGGUGGUACUGACUCCGCAGGUGUUGUACGUUCAUUUCCAGAGCUGCGGCUGGGCUCAAAAAUGAGAGGAAUUGGCUUCUAUGCUGCAACCUCUUUCUCUGCCAUAUUUUUGUUUGUGUUAAUGGCUGCUGCACAUCCUUUUGUACUCUUGUUUGAUCGUUACCGUAGAAAAACUCAUCACCUUGUUGCAAUGGUUUGGGCAAAAUUAACCGUCUCUCCAUUCUACAAGAUUGAUAUUAAGGGAUUGGAAAAUUUGCCUCCCAAUGAUGCACCUGCUGUAUUUGUAUCUAACCACCAGAGCUUUUUGGAUAUUUACACUCUCCUUACUCUUGGGAGAAGCUUCAAAUUCAUUAGCAAGACCGCUAUUUUCCUCUUUCCUAUCAUUGGCUGGGCCAUGUAUCUGAUGGGAACUAUUCCAUUGAGGCGUAUGGACACCAAAAGCCAAAUGGACUGUCUUAAAAGAUGCAUGAACCUUAUCAACAAGGGAGCAUCAGUUUUUUUCUUCCCAGAGGGUACUCGCAGCAAAGAUGGGAAGCUGGGGGCUUUCAAGAAAGGGGCAUUCAGCGUUGCUGCCAAAACGGGAGUUCCUCUCGUUCCAAUCACUCUUGUUGGGACCGGAAAAAUAAUGCCAGCAGGAAUGGAAGGCAGGGUAAAUUUCGGAUCAGUUAAAGUUGUGAUUCAUCAACCCAUAAAAGGGAGCGAUCCAGACACGCUAUGCAGAGAGGCGAGAAAUGUGAUUGAAAAUCAGCUUGCAGUCCAAUGAUGAUAAGAGAGAAUGGGAUGUGCAGAAUUCUUAUUCGAUUUCAGGCUCCAAAGGGUUUUUGCCUAUUUUAAAAGCACUGCAAGGGGUCUGCUUUGCCAUUCUUCAAAGAACAGAAUGUUACAUUACUAUAGGUAAUAAGGAUUUUACUAUAUACAAAUACGAGAUUCCUUCACACUAUGUUUGGUUUAGGAAAUUAGGACGAAAAAAGAAAAUUACAAGGAAAAGCUAGUGGAAUAAACCAAAAAAUUGAGUUUUGCUUUGUUGGAAAAAUUGAUGAGAAUAUUAUUUUUCAUUAACUCUUUUGUUUGAUUGUUGUAGAGAAAAACGUAAGAAGACAUGGUUGAAGAAAUUUGCCUUGCUAGG